GUCGGGGUCUUGUUAGCCUGCCACCGGGGUCAAAGAUAAAGCAAACAGAAAAGAAUCCUCGUGACAGGAGCGGUGUGUAACGAAGUGAGUAAGCGCACAGAAUGGGUCUGCGCACGUCCGUCGAUUCACGAAAGACAAACUCAACGUGUGCUUCGACACUGCGUACUGGUACCUCGAAAAAUGCAACCUCCAUUGCUUCGGGGCCUUGUUCGUUGCACUGUGUUGAUAAGUGGAAGGGACGUGGACAAUGAAGACAGAGCAGUUUCCUUGCAGCCCAAGCAUUGUAGCAACCAUAGCCCCAGUUUCCUCAGAUUAGUCAAAAUCCACGGAUCCAGGAUUCGAGGGAAGUCUCGAAUCCACGGGAACCAGCGCAGUUGUGUUUACCGAUUCGAGGGUGAAUGCAAGUGCAUCAAAAACAGAUCCUGGGCACCACGGGAACUGAGCCACUGUUUCCAGAGUAACUCUAUCCUAUGCGGCCCGGACACGGACACGACGCCGACGCCCGGCUUCCUUCAAAUUCAAUAUGGAUUCCGUUCUCCGGUGACGUAGCGGUCUAAGGUUUCGCUCUUUAUCGGCUUUCCUUAUUCCUUCGGGGGUUUGCGUUCGUAUAACCCGCACAGCCGGACUCUGGCCACCGUCUCUUCGAAUUGGAGCGACAGAAUCGAUCGGGGAAACUCGUGAUAUCGUGCGACAGGCAUGGAAGUGUUUGAGGUCGUUUGCUGAAGCCUUUUUACGUGUUUCGCCAAUUAUGGUUGGUCACAAAAUUAAAUGGCUAAGAGAUAGCUGUUAUUUACUUUCUAUCAGAGAUUCCAAAACAAAGUACUAAGGACCAUAACUGUUGCACAAUGGUAUGUCAGUGGUGAUAUCCGCCAUAAAGAAUUAGGAAUACAGUAUGUGAACGAGCACGGCAACAAAUUUCCAACUACAUAUUAAAAUAAAAUAACAAAUUAUCCCAACGAAUUAGCUAAGAUGCUAAACCAAGCACCAAAGACGAGAAGACUAAAGAGAUGGAAGCCAAAUGAUUUAUAAAUGUAAAUGAUAAAUUUUAAUUCCACACACGCGAUACCAACAUUUAUCAA